UUGUUUUUUUUAAGUUUGAAAAUACGAAAAAUGUCAAAAGGUAAAAGCGAUGAGCGAAUACAAGAAACUUCGAUAUUGUUCAAAAAUCCGUUUGUUAGCGAAACGAAUGUUAAAGAGGUUGAACAUCAAAAUUUAAAGCGACAAGUUUUAGAACCAAAGAUUAGUUUUACUGUAAUUAAUAGACAGCAAACGAUGCUUAAAGAAGCUAAUGAAACAAUUCAAGAUGCCUAUUGUUAUUUGAAAGCUAGAGAAAGUGAACUAUCGCUAAGAAGUGCAACCCGAAUGAGCAUUCGAGCAUCUCAUGAAUAUAUUCUUUAUUACAAGAUUGGCCAUCUUUAUAUUCGUCCAAUGGGUGUUUUUUCCGGUGUAUUAGAGGAUGAUUUCCACGAAAUUAUUCCAUACAGUUUUAGACGUAGUAAUGGUGAAUUGGAUUGGUUAAACUAUUUGCCUAAUGAUUUGACUUUGGCUUACGAUUAUAAUUUCAUCACUGGAACUUCAAACGGUUCACCAAAAUCUGUGAUGAUCAUGACAAACGACAGUGGUAAAGUAUUUGUAUUUGGCGAAAUGUAUCGAGGUUUUGUAUUUGGUUCACCAUCAACCUUGGAAUUGAAAGGACGAUUAUAUAUGGGUCAGACAAGUACGGAUGGGUCAGUAAAGGAAGAUUCACUUAAAUCAAGCUGUGUGAUUGAAGUGAACAAAGGCUCAAUGGUGGUUUUUAUUUGUGAUUUUUCCCAUAUCAUCAUUCUGCCAGAUCGUGAUUGCCAAAUGACAGUUAAGGCUUUAUUAAAAGAAUCUGAAAAAUCUCUAAAAAAAAGUACAAAAACACCUGACCAGAAGUCAAAACGGUCAUCGCGUAAAAAACCUAAAAAUAUCAAAAUUUCUAUAAGAGAAAUUACUAAGACGACAACCACAACAGCGGGUGAAACUCUGCCAUUAAAAACAGAAAUAAAUGAUCUUCCUUCUCCUGAUAAAAUCUUAGAGAAAAUGGAUCUUAAAAUUCCAAUGAAAACACCCACCAAGGUCUCGAAUAAAGAAGGUGAAAUUAAAAAAAAGAGAUCCAAGUCACAAACAUCAAAGAAAAAAAAUCGAGAAAAAUCUAAACUAUCGCUAAACAAAACUUUGGUGAAUAAAGACGCUUCGAAAAUCAAGAAGCCCGAUAAAAGAUCGAAAUCCAAAAUAAAAAAAUCAAAAUCUUCUAAAUCAAAACUAGGGAUGUUUUUUCGAUCGAAAAAAUCACGAAGUAAAACAGAUUCAUCAAAAAGCUUAAAAACAAAAUCGAUAACCAAAAUGAAAAGUCCGAUAAAAAAUUCGGAAAAAAUGAAUUCAGCUAACAGUUCAUCCACAUAUAAAACCAUUCAAAGUGAAGAUGUUAAAAUGAAAAUGAAUAAAACCAAAUGA